AUGGAAACGGAAGCGAAUGAUGCCCCACAACCAUCACCACCAGCGGUUGCUAAUGGGGAGGAAACAUCCACCCCAGCGCAACCACCAGCAACUAACGGUGGUGGUGGUGGUGGUGGUGGUGGUGUGAGUGGAUCCGGUAUACAACCGCCGAAGGUGAGAGCACUUCCGAAACCAUCGGGCAUUCGGCCACCGAGCGCCAAUUUGCACGGUGGUUCUACCACUUCGUUGGCCAGUACCAGCUCGCAGCUAACGGUCGCCUCAUCCGCUGCAACCGGUAACGCCACAAGCACCACCACAACGUCGUCCACCACCCGGAUAGGGCGGUUGUGCAUGGGACAUACACCGCCGAAGGCGGGACCUCCACCACCGGAACCAAAACUAUCUACACUCGACAGUAAAAUGAGACGACCGAGCGAUUCCGAUUACAACAAAUCACAUCUACCAGAUGUGGACGAAGAAAGCGAAACUGAUCUAGCGUUCGAGCGGCCCAUCUCGUCCAGAUCGUCCCACUCGCCGGACUCUGGCUUCAAAAGCAAUCGCUCCGAUCGUAAGACUUCCAGCGCCUCCACCGGCUCCGACGUGUACUGGGAAGCCACCGGAAGACGCAGAAGUUCAGAUCAGGGUGCCGUACUAACGACGGACACCGACAGUUUUAUCAUCGGACAGCGUGUCUGGGUCGGUGGCCUUCGCCCGGGCCAGAUAGCGUACAUCGGCGAUACACACUUUGCGCCCGGCGAAUGGGCGGGCGUAGUGCUGGACGAACCGAACGGCAAGAACGAUGGUUCGGUGGCGGGCAAACGCUACUUCCAGUGCGAACCGAAGAAGGGUGUCUUCUCACGGUUGACCCGGCUGACCCGGGAACCGUUGUCGACCGGUGGUGGUGGCGGUGGUGAUUCUACCGCCUCCACACCGCUCGAUACGAGCUUCCGGUCGCUGACGUCACCGGCACGUUCCGGUACCGUUUCGCCAACGCACAGCGUCCAGAGCUAUGCCAGCAAAUCGCCAGCGAUGGCCGGAAAGGCAGCCUCCCUGAACGUUGGUGAGCGGGUGAUAGUGUCGUCCGGGUUCGGGUCCCGGCCCGGCAUACUGAAGUUUAUCGGCGAAACGCAAUUCGCCAGCGGCACCUGGUGCGGCGUACAGCUGGAUGAAGCGAGCGGCAAGAACGACGGUACGGUGGAAGGUGUCAGAUACUUCGAGUGCCCAGCCAAGUACGGCAUAUUUGUACCGAUUGCCAAGGUCACGCUGUCACCGUCGGCCCGCAAAACCUCGGCCCGGCUGUCCCGGGCCGGCUCGAAGGAGUCGCUCAACUCGAUGGCCACGAUGAGCUCGAUCGCCACCACGGCCACCUCACGGCUCCGGAUGAGCGCACAGAGGAAAUCAACGGUCAGCGCUGUGCCGUCGACACCGAAAGCUUCCUUUUCGCUUCAGGAUGUUCUGCGGGAGAAACAAAAUCACAUCGAGCAGCUCAUGCAGGAACGUGAAAUCGAUCGUGAAGAAACGGCAAACCAAUCGAUCAUGUACCAAAAGAACAUCCAACAGCUAAAGGAAAAGAUAACCCUGCUGGAAAAAUCGCUAGCCGAUGAGAAGCGUAGGAACGAAGAUUUGCAGUUCAGCGUGGACGAAGCUACAUUCUGCACCGACGAGCUAAACGGAAAAAUUCAAAAUUCGAUCAGUGCUCAAACGCAAGUGUUUAAAGAAAAAAUAGCCGACCUGGAAGCUCAGCUAGCUGGUGGAGCUCCAAAAAAGAGUGCUGAGGCCACGGGACCAUCGGAAGACUUCGUUGCUGCCAAAGCUGAAUUGAAUGCCGAAAUCGACAAGCUAAAAGCGGAAAUUCUGGCCAAAGAUCAAAAGUUGCAUCUCACCGAGGAGCUGAAACGAUCGCUCGAGAACGAGAUACAGAACCUGCACGAAAAGGUUGCCGAUGCGGAGCGUGCCGCCGACAGCAAGCUGUCCGCACUCACGAUCAGUGAAGAGUGUCUGAGGGAGCAGAUCAACUACCUCGAGGCUCGAGUGGACGAGCAGAGCAAUCAGUUGACGGCGAAGGAUGCCGAGCUGGAACAGCAGUACCUGGCGCUUAAAAAUGCCGAAAGCGAGCAGGAAGAACGUUUGGCGGCGUUACAGGAAGAGCUUAGAGCUAAAAAGGAUACGCUUGCCGAGCGGGAGCAAGCGUUGCAGGUGCUGGAAAAGACCAUCGAAGAUCUGCGCACAGACGUACGCCAGCGGGAUCUUAAGAUGGUGGAACUGGAAAGUGACCUUAAGCUGAAGCUACAAGAACGAGAUACCUCCGGCAGUAAGUUAUCUGAGAAGCUAAAAGAGCUUGAGGCACAAAUCGUCGAGGCAGGAGCUUUAAAAUCUCAACUGGAUCAGGAACUUACCAACGCAAAUGAGACAAUCAAGGUGCUCGAAGGAGAUCAAAAAGAAAAGGAUAAGUUGACGCAAGAGCUAGAAUUGAAGCUGGCGUCGAUUGAGGCCUCACUACAGGCGGAAGUCGCUGCUCGUCACGAGAAAGAAGCUAUCGUUCUGAAACUGGAGCAAGAUUUGAAAUCCCUUGCGACAGAUGGUGAAAGUAGUGCAGCUCAGCUCAGCGCCAAACAGGAAGAGCUAUCCAAACAAGCGGAAUUGAUGCAACAGGUGGAAGCAGAAAAGGCAAAAUUACAGCAAGACCUUACCAAACUGCAGCAGACGUUCGAACAGUCACGUACCGAGCACGACACGUUGAUAGCGGAGCUACACUCGCUAGCUGACACCGAGCGAAAUGCACUGGCGGAGUUAAGAAAACAAUUGCAAACAGCCGAACAGGAAAAUCUUGCCAAAGACAAACAGCUCGAAGAGAACGAGGUGCUUGUAGGAGCGUUACAGAACGAGCUGAAGGAGCUGAAUGUUUCCAAGAACGCUCUGAACCAGGAGCUUGUGGCGAUAAAGGCUAGCUUCGCCGACAAGGAUGGAACCCUCGCCAAUAUUGUGCAGGAAAAGACAGAUUUGGAAAAACGUUUAGAAGAAAGUAAACAGGAAAUGGAGACGAAAAUUAAACAACUCGAGCAAGAUCUUCGAAAUCGUGAAGAGUCCUUACGUAAAGAAAUCGAGACAAAUGCAACGACAGCACAACAAAAACUAUCCGAAAAGGAUGGUGAGAUUGCCCGACUUUCUCACGCUGGAGAAGAGCUUCAAACGCAGCUGACGACCGCUCAACAGCAAAUAAAGGAUGUUUCAGAAAAGAUGAAAUUGGCCGAGGAAACGAUUGCUGCUAAAACGACGGAAGCACAAACACUUGUGCAACAGAUCACCUCACUCCAGUCAGAUGUGGCCUCGAAGAAGGAGCAGCUAGCUAAGUUAAAUGCAACCAUUUCGGAGGCUGCUGUACGGGAAGAGAUCGGAGAAAAGAAGUUGUCCGAAGCUCAAGAGCAGUACGGUAAGCUUGAAAUUGAGCAUGCCGAUUUGCGACGAAAAAUGGAUGCGCUGGAGCAAAAGUGCGCACAGGUACUUCAGCAAAAGGUUGAUCUGGAGAAGGAACUCGAUGCGCAACGAUCCAGCACGCUAGAUUCCAACUCAGAGCUGGCAAAACUAAACGAGGACCUAAAAGCAAAACAGCGCGCCUUGGACGAAUUGCGCGAUAGUUACGAUACACUUAAAAUUGAAUCGGAACGCCGGGCGGAUGAGAAUGCGCAAACUAACGCGACAUUGCAAGAACAAGUCGAACGUGCUCGGCAAGAGAUGCAGCAGAUAACUGAUCAAAAAAUCAUACAGGAGAAUGAGCUUAACAUGGAACUGCGCAAGAUUAAAGAAAAUGCUGAACAGGAGCAGGAAAAUCUCGUGCGUACGAUCGCAGAUUUGAAGACGAAUUUCGAACAGGAACGGCAACGGAUGGCGAACGAACUUUCCGAGCAAGUGGCAAAGAAUGGCGCACUGAACGAAGAAAUGGCAACAUUAAGAAAAAGUUUCGAAAAAUCUAUCGAUGACCUUAAGGCUCAAUUGGAAGCUGCAAGAUCAGAAAUUAAAAAAGAACAAGAACUCAAAGAAUUCGCUGUUUGUUCAGCUACGGAGCGAGAAGGUGUGCUCCAAAAGCAACUGCAAGAAAGCCAAGAGGAGUCCAAAGCACUACGACAGCGGCUGGACGAUGUGCAGAAGUCGAUGGAGCAAGGAAGCCAUGAUCUUUCGAUCAAACUUGAUCAGCAAUCUCAGCGCGUCGUUGAGUUGGAGCAGGAACUGGGCGAAAAACGAAGUCUGCUACAGAAACGAACGGUGGAGGUUAACGAAAUGAUUGAAAAGCUGCAGGAAAAUGGUAAAGCUCAUGCGGAAAUGUUACAACAGCUGCAGGAAAGCUACAGUCAAAUCGAAGCGUUGAAAAAAGCCAACCAAGAGUCGGAAGAAUCUUGUCAACAAAUUCAAAAGCGACUGCAAGAUUUGAACAGUUCUUACAGCGAGAUGGAAGAGGAACAAGUGGACCUGGUAAGUCGUGAGGAAUCGCUCAAGAAGGAGCUGGCAGUUCUGCAUGAACAAAUGAAACAGGCUGUCGUCGCGCACAAGGAGCAGUUGGAUGCAGUCGCAAGUAAAAAUGGGGAGCUUUUGAAACAAUUGGAACUCACUUCAAGUGCAAAGGGAGCUACAGACGAGGAGCUCAACUCGAUAAAACAACAGUUGGAAAAUAAAUCAGCCGAUCUGGUAGCACUUCAGGCUAAGGUUGAUGAGUUGACUCCCCUAUUGCAAACAAAGGUUGAUUUGGAGAGUCGUCUACAAACGCUAGAGCAAACGGUUUCGGCAAAGGAUGCUUCAGUGCUCGAACUUUCGGGUGCUCUCGAGGAACUCAGAAAACAAACAGAGUCGAAGGAUGCCAAAAUUCUGGAGAACGAAAAUGAACUCAAACAGCUCAAAGAGUCUGUAGCUAGCAAGGAAAAGGAACGCAAGGAACUCCAGCAACAGCUAGAUGCAGUACAGAAAAAUCUCGCCGAAAGUACGGCACACGACAAGCGUGUUUCUGAGGAAGCUGUUGAGCUAAAAACAGCAUUGGAGAAAUCUCGCUCGUUCCAAAAAGAGCAAGACGAUCGUCUGAAGGACCAACAACGGCGUAUCAGUGAACUGGAAACCAAGCUGGCAGCACAAACCACCCAAUUCGAUGAGCUGCUCGAUCGCAAAAAGUCCUCCGAAACUGAAUAUUCUAACCGUACACAUGAGCUAACCCAGAAGCUGCUAGAAAUGGAGAGUGCCAAAAAGCAAGAGAUUCAAGAGCUGCAGCAACGUCUAGCGGAACUGCUGCAGAAGGUCGAAACACAAGUAUCCGAAACGGCACAAACCGUCAGCAGUAAGCGGGCGGUAGAAAAGCGUCAACAAGAGCUCGAGUGUGCGAAGAAAGAUUUGGAACUGCGUGAAACCGAACUACAACUUGCCAACCGCCGACUCGAGAAGGAUAACGAGCAUCUUCGUUCGCAGCUGAUGGUGAAGGAGAGUGAGCUUACGAAGCUGUCGAAGGCAGCCAGUGCAGCAGCAACGGCUGCAGAUGUGAGUGUGCCGAACAGGAUCGGUAGCGAACUGAAGGAAGAUGAUUCGGGUGCGCAGAUCGAUUUUCUUAACUCGAUUAUUGUUGAUAUGCAGCGGAAAAAUGAGAAGCUGACCUUACGAAUACAGGCACUUGAAUCGACCAGUGCGGAAAGUCACAACAUGAGCUUCGACAUUCAGAAGCGCAAACCGGCACCGCGUGUAUUCUGUGACAUCUGCGAUGAGUUCGAUCUGCACGAAACCGAAGACUGCCCGAAGCAAUGCUCCGACAGUCCACCGGAAUCGCUGAAACAUCCUGCAGACGGCAAGGAGCGAAAGGUGCCACCGCCAAGGAAGUACUGCGAAAGUUGUGAAGUGUUUGGACAUGAAAUAGGCGAGUGUCCCGAUGAUGAAACGUAUUAGAAAAAUGGACAGAGGAG